ACAUCAAUGUGUAACGAUUUUUAUAUUCUUUUAAAACGAGAGACUUGUCAAUAUUUCAAAAUACGUCUAUUUAAUUCUACUCUUCCAAAGUUUAUUAAACAAAUAAAUGAAUCCUUUAAAAUAAAAAUAUUGGGUUAAAGUUAAACGAUGUCUAAAAAUAAAGAGAAAUCCAAUCAAAAUGCAGUAAAGGAUUGGCGUGAGAGGUCGGAGCCGCUGCUCUCUGUGCCUGAGGAUGAAAGUGAACACCCACCCCAUUCGCUGCCGCGUUUAAGCGUGGUGUUACCUUGCAGUACGAGUUCAAGUGUUGACCGGAUAUCUGUGCCUCCUCGACCAAAACAGCUUUCACACGGGGAUGAAUCAAUGACAGUAGUUCUCUCAGCGUUUUAUGCAAAAUUAUUAAUAGUAUUAGGACUAGCAUUACCUGUGACCAGCACAAUACAAAAUGAAAUCUACACAAAUGUUACAUCUGACGUAUUUACAAUGUACUUAUACGUAGUCAGCAUGUUAUUCCUUAUCUACACUUUCUAUCAUCUUCGAAUAACAAAAAUACAUAAAAAUGAUAACACAAAGCGGAUACGGUACGGUAGUUUCUACCUGCACAUGGGAGUGGCUGGGUUUGGUGUUGGUUCUAUUAUUUAUUCGUGCUUACAAUUUGGCGAAUAUUUCGACCUUUCAGGCGACUGUCAGUUGAUUAUUGUAGCUUUAAAGCCAGCUCUUAGGAUACUUUUUAUGGUUGCUCAGACAAUUUUCAUCUUUUCCUAUACAGAUUUAUUAGAUCCAAUGCGCGGCGUAGUAUUAGAUCGAUUUGGUUUGAUGCAUCUCAUAGCUACUAAUGUAUGCGAAUGGCUUAACGUCGUUAUACAAGAAACGAGAGAUGAUAUUGUAGCUAUGGCCUAUAAUCAACCAGCGAUCUUAAGAUAUACAAAUAUAAGUGGACCUGCAAAAUUAGUAAUAACUGACAACAUUUUAAAUAACACGUCUCUCGAGGCCUAUGGAAAUGAAAAUUUCACAGGUCACAAGGAAGUCGUUCAUGCAAACUUAACGGCUAGGAUAGAAGCGUGGAGCUGUAACGUCUCCGACAUGAUAACACCUUUAAUUAGAACCAUGAAUCCUUAUUUGAGACCUUGCGGGGUUGAAUAUAGCUUACUGUGUUCCAUAAUAAUAGUGGUUAUAUGGAACGAUAUUUGCACUGUACCAGGAGCGAAAACUUUAAGCUCUAAUAACUCAAAUAGAAAACUCGAUGAAAAACAGUGUUAUGGCAAAGUGAAAUCCAACAAUCACUUUUCUGUGGACUGCGGCAGCGCUCACAAAGGACUAUUUAUGGGAGUGGCAGUGCUUGCUGGUACCAUCGUCAGCUUAAUGCUAUUUAACGGUCUCUUUCAAAAACAAAAACAUGUUGAACUUGCCUUACUCCAGAUUAACAUAUGGGAGACAUUGUUAUUCAUAUUCAUGAUAUUGGGAUCAGGAGCAUGCAUGCAGCGAAUGCGCGCGCUUACAUUACGUCUAGCUACGACCACGAUGCCAUUAGAACACGCUCUACUACUGGUCACACAGUGUGGAGUCUACUUGUAUUAUCUGUUCCAAAUAAUUGGGGCUAGUUUUCUCAUCCAACGGUUUUCAGAGGAAAGGCGCGCGACUAGGAUAAUAGCUCCACUGUUUGCCGUCAUACAAAGCUCAUGCCAAACUUUACUUAUACUGGAUGCUUGGUCAAGACGUUGCGUAAGGAGCGAGGAGCGUCCAGGGCGACAACUUGUUACGUUCCUCCUCGUUGGUAACUUUGCACUCUGGCUUCUCAACCGUGUGAAGAAUGCACGAGCUGAAUUUCACCCUUUACAGAUGGAAUUUUACGGCGUUUGGGCUUGGACUCUCAUAACUCACGUCUCUGUCCCACUUUUAGUGUGCUACAGAUUUCAAGCAACAGUUUGCUUUUACGAAAUAUGGAAGAACUCCUACAAAAGAAAAAAAGAGUGUAACACAGUUUCUGAUGAAAUUGAAUUAAAAAAUUAUCAUGUGGCAUAA